UCCAGUUGCUGCCGGCUCUGCCUUCAAUUCACAUAGCAAUCAAGCACUAAGAACAAAUCAACUUCACGUCCAGCAGUCGAACGUCUCUAUUUAGUAUUAGCACGCAAACAGAAUGGUUCAAAAAAGAUUCGAGAACAAGGUGUUCACGCUGCUGCUGCUGAUCGCGUGUCUCGCCAUAUGCCAGUGCAGACCGUCUGAGGAUGUGGCCAGCGUGUCCAAGGUGGAUCCCAGCGACUAUCCAGGGAAUCUGCCGCCAGAGACCAUACUGAAGGUGCAGCAGUGCGAGCGGGAUCAGGCCACCAUGGAGCUGUGCAUGCGCUGUGCCAAGAUCACCAAGUCCCAGAUCAUUUAUCCCAUGUGCUGUAACAACGACGACGACAUCAAGGUGUGGUGCCACGAGUACGUCUACUAUAACAACGAAGAAGGCUAUUGAAGGAGGAAUGGGGUUUGGUUUGAAUGGUCCAGGUCUGGUGAUCAGGUUUAGGGUAUCGCCUAUAUAUCACCUAGCUUACUUACUUGCCCAAAUCCAAUUGAAAUUCCUUGCAUCCUGCUCUCAAUGCGGAUCCAUUGGCUGUGAUAUUUUAGGCAAUAUUAAAGUUUUUACACUUACCCAAAACUAAUUGUAACUAGAAAUAAACAAACUAUGUAACGGUACUGUGCAUAAGACAA